AUGGCGGCCCCGGGGGGGACGGAACCCGAGCGCGCUGCGGGGGGGUCCCCAGCCGAGGGGGGGUCCCCGGCCGAGGGGGGGUCCCCGGAACAGGAGGGGUUCUUCUCGCUGCUGAGCUCCGUGCAGAGCACGCGCAUGGAGGAACAGCGCUGCAUCCUUGGGGGGGGGUCCCGUGGGGGAGGGGACCCGCCCCCCCCCGAGCUGGCAUCGCUGCUGGACAUGGUGGCGAGCUCCCAGGGCCGCAGGAUGGACGAGCAGCGGCUGCCCGUGCCCAGACUGCCCGGCUUUGGCACGGGGGGGGCACAGGACUGA